AAGAGCAAAAACCUAUAGCUACUACUACAAUGUCGUCGAACCACAACAAUCCACAGCCACCAGAACCACUGAAGAAGCAACAGUCUUUGAACCGCGACGAGGCUUGGCUGCGGAUGACGAAGAGACGUCCAUCUGAUCGCCUUCGUCGUACCAAAAGCUGCAUCACAAACGACGAUAUCGAGGAGCUUAUAGGCUGCUUCGACAUAGGGUUUGGUUUUGAGCCUGACUCUUCUGACUUUAGCCCGAGGCUGUCUAAAACUAUCCCAGCUCUUGAUUUGUACACCGCGGUUCACAGACAGUACAACAACCAUUUGUCCCGGACCUCGUCGGAACUUGACGUCAUCAACAACUCUAGCACCACCACCACUAUCAUCAACAAAGAUGAUGAUAGUAAGACGAUGAAGAAGAAGUUGAAACAGUGGGCUAAGGUGGUCGCAUGUUCAGUGAAGCAUUCCUCGGGCAAACCAAAUUAAAGAAGUGAUUAGUGUUGUCUUCUAGUUAUGUCCGAAGAAUGGCACUUUUGUAAUAUAUAUAACAAAAGUCUUUCAAUUAAUGUUUGUUUUGUAAU